AUUCCCUCUGCGCACGUCGCGCUGAUCGCUAGCACUCGCUCCCGUUCGUUGCUCGGCAUUCGAUUUCGUUUUCGAAUUUCGUUCGAUUGCGUUUCGGCGCUCGCGUCUCAUUUACACUACGUUAUUGAACACUUGAAAGAACGCAAUAAGUUCCACGAUAUUACGACCAGACGGGUGUUAUCCAAAGCUUUUGCAUACAGCGCGCUAUAUAUUGUGAAAACACAAAAACAGCAAGUACUUAUUUAUUUUUAAGUGUAAACAGAAGAGCACGAAAAUGGGUCGUUUGUUCCAAUACAACCGCUUUGGCGCCACGGACAAUGUUAAUAAACUCAAAAAGGAUACGCAAAAGAAAACGCACGAUAAGACAAAGAUGUUACGCAAUGCCAUCAAUUAUCCUGGCUACUCGGACAUUUAUGGAACAAAUGCAGGCAAGAAUCUGGACUUGGCCUUCAAGAAGGGUCAGCAAUGGAACAACAAGCUGCAGCCAGCUGUUGCAACAGUCACAGCUGAGGAGCCCGCACAGAGUCGAACGCACAAGGUCUAUGACAGCAUGAAAAACUUUUUGCAGCGAAAACUUUUCGCACAUCCCUCGCGUGUGCAAUGCGAGGAGCCGACCAGCGACUAUGAUGAGCAGGAUCUUCUCGACUCCUCGUACCAGGCAGACGCAGAGACAGACGAGGAGCUGCUGGAUAUUUGUAGCUGCAAUUCCAGUGCGGACAGCACACCUAAACGUGUCAACAAAUCGCCGCAAAAGUCGCUGCUGUCGCUCAACUGUUGGCAGAGCAGUCAGCCCAGCGACUCAAGCGGCAGUGAAGAGGUAAUGGCCGAGGACCAGGAUGAGUCGGAUGCAGGUAUCUCCGAUUGCUGUCAGCUGCUCAAUGAGAACAGCAGCAGUGCCAGCAGACGACGAAGCACCCCACGUAAACGUGCCACGCCUCGCUUUAGCACACACAGCAACAACACGGACGAUGAUGAGGAUGCCGACGAGGAGCCAGAGCUACUGCAGUGUGGUUGGUAUCAGCCGCGAAUUACACUGAAAGCGGCGCAAGAGUAUCUGCAGUCGGCUACGCCCGGCUGCUUCAUACUGCGUCGCAGCACGCCACGCAGCUUCGAGCUCUGCCUGCGUCUCGAGCACAAAGUCAAGUGCUAUGCGGUGCAGUGCAGCAGGAGCGAGAUGUACAGUCUGAAAGGUGCACCAAAGCAGUUCAGCACGCUGAAAGCGCUGAUCACUCAUCAUUCAGUAAUGCCUGAGCAGCUGCCUCUUACAUUGGACAUGCCCAGAGAACAGGAUCUGGUGAAGACCUCGGCGAUGCGCUAUGCUGAUGACUUUGAACCGCUUGAGUCACUGCAACUCCUGGGUAUACUGAAGAACUUGCAGGCCAAGAGCUAUGAGGCAUAGUUUUUAGAUUAGACAUAUAAACGUAUUUUAUCGAACUGCAAAGGGAACGAUAGGUGAAAAAUUAAUCCUUAGUUAUACACAAAUAUAUAUAUAUAUAUAUUGUAGUCCUUGUGAUAUAGUUUACUAUAAAUUCGACCAGGCUUUUAGCUUUUAAGUUCCUGUGUAACUUAAAGCCAAUCAAAACCUAAUAUCUAUAUUAUUAA